UGUACAGGUAGUUUAGACCAUGACAGGCAUCGCCGCUGCCUCCUUCUUCUCUAACAUUUGUAGGUUCGGUGGUUGCGGACUCCACUUCGAUUCGUUGGCCGAACUCAUCGUGCACAUUGAGGAUAACCACAUCGACACAGAUCCUCGUCAGUUGGAGAAGCAGGAGCAGCAGCAGCCCACAUAUGUUGCCCUCAGCUACAUCAACAGGUUUAUGACAGAGGCAGCGCGUCGGGAGCAGCCUGAGAGGCUGAAGAGGAAGGUGCACCCAAAGCUGUCUCAGUCUCUGACGGGCAGUCUGCCUCGUAGCAGUAACGUCUCCACUCCUCCCAGACGCAGCAGUGGGAACCUCACCCCGCCUGUCACUCCUCCCAUCACACCCUCCUCCUCCUUCCGUAGCAGCACUCCUACAGGCAGUGAGUAUGAUGAAGAGGAGGUGGACUAUGAGGAGUCAGACAGUGGUGAGUCCUGGACCACAGAGAGUGCCAUCAGCUCAGAGUCUAUCCUCAGCUCCAUGUGUAUGAAUGGAGGAGAGGAGAAACCCUUCGCCUGCCCUGUGCCUGGCUGCAAGAAGAGAUACAAGAAUGUGAACGGGAUCAAGUACCACGCCAAGAACGGCCACCGGACACAGAUCCGCGUCCGCAAGCCUUUCAAGUGCCGCUGUGGGAAGAGCUACAAGACGUCCCAGGGCCUGAGGCACCACACCAUCAACUUCCACCCGCCCGUCUCCACCCACAUCCACAAGAUGCAGCAGUAGCACUGUCCCCACAGAAAUAGAAUCCCUUGAACAUCAUCCUGUUCUAGUGAUUCUGUUUCUAUGUUUCCAUUCCACACACACACUUUCCUUCUUCUUCCAGUACACUACUCUUUUAUUGCAUGCUUUAA